AUGCCUGCAAAAGAAAAAUUAGGUGGAGAUUUCACCUUAUCCAUGGAUAACAAUCAUUUAUCGACGAUUCUUUCCAUGGAUUCAAGCUUAUCCGCACAUGAUGAGAUGGAGAGAGAGCUGAAUCGGGCUGUGGAUCUUAGCUUACCACCAGAUAUCAAUCUCCCACUUUCAGCCGAACCCAGCCCUCCUCCUUUAUCAUGGCAUGAUCCAACUGAUAUGUUGGAUGUCGGAUUAGGCCCUCAACAUUAUGAGGUGGAAACAAAUAUUAACGCAACAAAAAUUGGGAAAAAGUGUGCAAAACGUCUUGAUAGCGUCUGGGGAGCUUGGUUUUUCUUUAACUUCUACUUCAAACCAGCUUUGAAUGAGAAAUCAAAGAACAAAGUAACCAGAGGCAACGGGUAUGAUAAAUCAGAUUUGAAGCUGGAUGUGUUCUUGGUUCAACACGACAUGGAGAACAUGUACAUGUGGACAUUCAAAGAAAGACCUGAAAACGCGUUGGGGAAGAUGCAGCUGAGAAGUUACAUGAAUGGCCAUUCUCGCCAAGGUGAAAAACCAUUCCCAUUCAGUGCUGAUAAAGGCUUUAUUCGAUCUCACAGAAUGCAGAGAAAACAAUACAGGGGUCUCUCGAAUCCACAGUGUGUUCAUGGAAUCGAAGUUGUCCGAUCACCAAAUUUGAUCGGAUUAGAUGAAGAUGAAAGAAAAAAAUGGAUGGAGCUCACUGGACGCGACUUAAACUUCUCCAUCCCUCAUGAUGCUAGUGACUUUGGUUCUUGGAGGAAUCUUCCCACUACAGAUUUUGAAAUUGAACGCCCUCCGGUUAUCAGGAGCAUCAAUUCAGCAAACGGAAAUCAUCAUCAACCAAAAAGAUUGCUAAAUGGAUCAGGUUUGAAUCUUUCAAAUCUUUCCAUUCAGUUAUCAGAUCAUGUAAUAAACGGUGAAGCAAACGGAAACGGAAAUGCUAUAGAUCUUAUGGCUGGGUGCAACAGUAAACGAAGAAAAAACUUCUUCCCACAUGGCAACGAUGAUGAUAAUUCAGAUGGGGUUCAUGAUGGUGUUCUUGAUGUCCAAGUCCACCCUCAUGAGCCCCAUUGGUUGACCGAGUUUUCGGGUGUCAUGAGAAACACAUAUGGCCAUGUAACAGCCGCCAAGACUAUUUAUGAAGAUGAAGAAGGAUUCUUGAUUGUUGUAAGCUUGCCAUGUGCAGAUCUUCAAAGGGUGAAAGUAACAUGGAAGAACACGUUCUCACACGGGAUUGUGAAAAUCUUUUGUGUAAGCACCGGGUGUAUGCCCGUUUUGAAAAGGAAAGACCGGACUUUUAAGUUGACGGACCCCGCUCCGGAACAUUGCCCGCCCGGUGAAUUUGUGCGGGAAAUUCCACUUCCGACCCGUAUUCCGGAAGAUGCUAAAUUAGAAGCUUAUGGUGAUGAAAGUGGGACCAUGCUUGAGAUUAUUGUGCCUAAGCAUCGUGAAGGACCCGAAGAACAUGAGGUUCGUGUUUGCCUUCGCCCUUCUCCUUGGAAUGAAAGACCCUAUGUUGACUUGUCAGAAAAUUUAAUUUAA